GUACUCCGAGUCUUGAGUCGAACCAAGCGAGAUGAACCGAAGGCUCCUAUUCUACCGCCGUGAGAGGAUGGUAUCGCUCUCGCUUCCAGCUGCCGGCUCUUCUUCGCAGCUCUCCUUCUCUCUCGACCUUCUCCGUCGAGACCCUCGGGAUCGGGUUUCGAAGGCCCUCUGCUCCUCUACUUCUACUUCUUCACGCGAUUCGAAUCCAGAGCCAUUUCAGCGGCAGCAGCGAGUCAUCACAGGUAAUCAUGCGGGACUGCGGCUAGAGGAGAGGGUGGAGAUUGGAGCGGAGAAGACCAGGCUCGACUCCUGGAUCUCCUCUCGGAUCGAAACUGUUAGCCGAGCUCGGAUUCAGUCCAGCAUCCGCUCCGGCCUCGUCACCGUCAAUGGCCGGACGGUGGACAAGGUUUCACACAUUAUCAAAGGAGGGGACAUGGUUAGCUGCACAGUUUCUGAGUUGCAGCCCUUGAGAGCUGAAGCAGAAGAUAUUCCUCUGGAUAUAGUGUAUGAAGAUGCUCAUGUUCUUGUAGUAAACAAACCUGCGCACAUGGUUGUUCACCCAGCACCUGGCAAUGCAAAUGGCACACUGGUGAAUGCUAUUCUUCAUCAUUGUAGGCUUCCAACAAUUGCAUGUGUAAACAAAAGCAAAAUUUCUGAAUCUGAGGAUUGCUCAGAAUCUUCGGACAGUGAGAUGGACAAUUAUUAUUUUGAUCAAUCCUCUGUGGAAGGAAUUAGUUCAGAAAAUUCUGAAGCUCUUGUUCGCCCUGGUAUUGUGCACAGACUGGACAAAGGGACAAGUGGAUUGCUUGUUGUAGCCAAGGAUGAGCAUUCUCAUGCCCAUUUAGCUGAACAGUUCAAGCUACACACUAUCCAUAGAGUAUACAUCAGUCUUACUUGUGGAGUCCCUAACCCAAGUUCUGGAAGGAUUGAAAUACCAAUAGCUCGUGAUUCGAAUAAUAGAAUUCGCAUGGCUGCCGUUUUGGGGACAAGUAACAGUAGACAUGCUCGUUAUGCUGCUAGUAGGUAUAAAGUUAUUGAGCUUCUUGGCCGUGGUGGAUCAGCAUUAGUGGAGUGGAGAUUGGAAACGGGCCGCACUCACCAGAUCCGUGCACAUGCAAAAUAUAUGGGAAUUCCUCUAUUAGGCGAUGAGGUGUAUGGCGGUACUAAAAGCAUGGCACUGUCGCUGUUGAGGCCAAGAACUUCUUCAAGUCAUCACGGCCAUCUCUCUCAAAUUUUAUCAAAACUACAGAGGCCUUGCCUUCAUGCUUCAUCACUAGGAUUUAAGCAUCCUCAUACAGGUGAGUAUCUACGGUUCUCAUGCCCACCACCAGAUGAUUUUGCUGAGGUAUUGGAUCAACUUCAGAGCAUAUGUCCUUGCUGAACUUUGGCUGCAUCUCCACCGUGGACGUCUGCCCUUGACCUCUUCGAUGGUGCACCCGCGCCAGCCCCAGCUCAAAGCCUGGCAGAGCUGUAGAAUUACCCUUCGCCUGAAUAGCUGGCUCACUGGAGGCUGCCCGGCCAUUGGGCCUCCAUCCAUCCCUUGCUCUCUCGCCCAUCUUUUCACUAGAGCAACUUUUCCAUGUUCUACAAGAAGUAUCUCAUACUUUUAGAUUGGAUUGAGGGAGUAAAAUAUGUGAGCAUAACAGCAUAUAAGCUUUUGCAUUUUCGUUUAUUCUAGAGUUUUGAAUUUGAGUUCUUUUUUUCAUUCCAUUUCCGCUUUUUUUCUAAAAUGUACUUUAUGUAACUACAAAAUAACAUAAGCAUGUGGCCUCCCCUCUUAAGGUUACAUGGGCAAGAAUUUUCAUUAA